UGGGAGGAGGAAGGAGAGGGGAGAGUUUGAGUCAUACUGGCAGUCUUCUUAAAGUCUUACAAGGGGAACCCACAACACAGAGCCAAGAAACAACGCUAGUGACACAUCUGACAAGAGCUGAACUUUAGGAUGCUGCUUCUUCCUCUCCUGGGGGCUCUGGCCCUUUCUGUGUAUGCAAAAACCCUAAUGGACCCCGACACUGAAGAGGAGGCCAUGGCAUAUCUCAAGCAGUUUGGAUAUUUACAAAAACCACUUGAAAGUGACAGUGAAGACUUCAGCUCGGAAGAGGUGCAAAAAGCUAUACAAGCUUUCCAGCUUGCUUCUCAGAUGCCUGAAACAGGGGUACUGGACAAUGCCACUCUGGAGAGGAUGAGGCAGCCACGAUGUGGGUUAGAAGACCCAUUUAAUCAAGUUACCCUCCGGUAUCUCCUAUUAGGUCGAUGGAGGAAGAAGAGUCUGACCUAUCGUAUAUACAAUUACACACCAGACAUGACAAAAGAAAAAGUGAGGGAGGCCAUUAAAGCAGCUUUUAAAUACUGGAGUGACAUUACCCCACUGAAAUUCAGGGAGAUUGACUAUGGAAGAGCUGACAUACGGAUAUCUUUCCAUCAGCGUGGUGUCGGCUGUUCACGACCAUUUGAUGGGCCUGGGAAAGUUCUGGCACACGCUGAUAUUCCUGAGUUGGGCACGGUGCAUUUUGAUGAGGAUGAAGAGUGGACUGAGGGAUCGUUCUUUGGUGUCAACCUGCGAAUCAUUGCAGCACAUGAGCUGGGGCAUGCACUGGGUCUGGGUCACUCUUACUAUAGCAAUGCCCUGAUGGCUCCUGUCUAUGCUGGAUAUAGACCCAACUUCCGUCUCCAUAAUGAUGAUGUGAAAGGGAUGCAAGCUUUGUAUGGUAAAAAUGAAAAAUAUGAAGAAGAGAAAAAGCCUGUCACAACAUUAGCACCAGCUGUUCCAACCCCUACAAGCCCAGUGCCUGAUCCAUGCCACGAUAACCUUGAUGCCAUAAUAUUAGGACCCUAUGGGAAAACGUAUGCUUUUAAAGGAGAUUACGUGUGGACUAUCACAGACUAUGGCAUUGGUCCUCUUUCCAGGAUUCAGUCCAUGUGGAAAGGACUUCCAGGAAAUCUGGAUGCCGCUGUGCACUCCAAACGUACUAAACGGACAUAUUUCUUUAAAGGUGACAAAUUUUGGAGAUACACAGAUUUUAAACUGAACUACGGAUACCCUAAAGUGUUAACUCGGGUACCCCCGAAUAUUAGUGCUGCCUUAUUCUGGGAAGGAAACCAGAAGAUAUUCCUGCUUAAGGGUGACGAAUACUGGCAAUGGGAUGAGCUGGCCUGGAGUAUAUUACAGCCAAAGAAAAUAUCCAGUCUGUUUACUGGAGUUCCUGGAAAACUGGAUGCAGCUCUUACCUGGAAGAACGGCAAGAUCUAUUUCUUUAAAGGAGACAAGUAUUGGCGGGUGAACAAGCAGUUACGUGUGGAUCGCGGAUACCCGCUUAGCAAGGCAGAACGCUGGAUGCAGUGCAUCCAUCUAGACUGAUGACACUGUUAUACAUUUACCCUACCAGAGCAAUGGUAUCUAUACCUAUAAUGGACUGAAGAUCACUCGGUACAAACUUCCUCUGUAGACUGACCACUGCUGCAUUCUGAGAUGUGCUCACCUGCCAGGAACAACAUUCAGCAGCACUACUCUGCCAUAAUUUAUUGCUGAUAUCUUUGGAUGGAUGCACAAAACCUGAAAAGGAAGGCAGUGACAGAUUCACAUAUUUCAGUAUUGCUCUGUGCAACCGCUGUCUUAACAUGUGAACUUCAUGCCAAAAAAAAAAAAAAAUUACUGUAUAGAAAGUUCAACAGCCAUGCCUUGAUAGCCUGGACAUUUUUAUAUAAUAGCAUUCUCACAAUCCUGGCUGACAAACCUACAGAUAUUUCUACGAAAACAGCACCACCUACAGCUGAAUCUAUGUACUGCACUUUGCAAUCCUUCCAAAAAAACAUUAUUCCUCUUUUUUAAUGAACCAAACACAGGGGCAUUUUUAUAGAAGAGUUAAAUUAACCUUCUGCUCUUUUUGCAUAUUAAAUAUUAAUUCCAACAGUUCUGCAUGUUUAUAAAGCUAGUCUAGGGUAAUGCUGUACUCGUGUUCACUAUAUUGUUAUUAAGGUAACAAAUAACACAGUAAAAUCAAUUUCUUAUAUAGGCUUUGAUAGACAAAAAAAAAAUCCAAAACAGGCACCAAAAAAAUGAUCUUUAUAUACUUUAGCACUUAGAAAGUCCUAAUAAAGCUAAGAGUACUUUUAUACUAGUUGGUAUAAUAAGGUAACCUAGAUUAGUCAUACAUCAAGAUAAAUAUGAACUUUACAUCCAAUAUUUUUGGACUACAUUCUGUUGUGAUAUAUGAUGCAGGCAUGCAGCAUGUAUGUGGAAUAAUAGCAGUAGAUAAUGUAUAAACUAUGUAUCUGGAUUUAAAAGGCUGAUUCAUGAACCUGCUAUGAAAUUUAAGACUCUGCAGUGCCACCUGCUGGCAGGUGAUGAAUUUUAACUCCAAGCAAUAAAACAUUUUGUAGAAAUUGUUGUUUUAAAUAAAAAUGUAUUUCUGUAUCAAGAAAA